AUGCACAAAAACUGGUACGAAUACACACUGGAGGACAACGAAGCAUUUUACACUGAGGAAUUCAACCUCAUGGAAGUGCUGGGUGAAAAACCUGAAGAGGUCCAUCCCUCUGAACCAGCAGAAGAGGAGAAAGGACUCUCUGAACCAGCUGUGAAACUGGUCAGAGGCUUUUUAACUGCUGAAGAGCUGGAGACAGGGAGCUUUCAGCAUUUGGACACCACUGGAAAGUCCAUGGGUGAAAUUAACCGACUCAGACUACAAGUGGUCAAUGAACGUCGGCUGAGGAGAAAGUCAGAGGACGAGAUGGGCAUGGCCCUCGUGAAGCUGAAGCUGGACAUGGCGGCUAAAGCUUCACAGGCCAAAACUAGAGAGGCCAAUCUGCAGGAAGAGGUGGAACAGAGGAUUAGAGCGCUUGAGCGUAAAGACGACACAAUUCAUGCUCUCCAAGUUGCGCAUGAAAUGAGCGUCCAAGAACGUAAGAAAGAGCUUGAGGACGUGAAGUUGAAUUUGCUCAACAAAACAAAGCGGAUCAUCUGUGCACAUGAGAUCCAACUCAGGCAGCAAGCCAAAGCAAAGCAGGACGUGGAGGCUGAACUGAGCAAAAGUGAGAGAAAAGAACAGCUCACUGCUCAAUGA